UCUGAGGGGGGCCGAGGAGGGGGUGGGGUGUUGCAGAGAGAUUUCGGAGUUUCGGGUGGAUCGGAUCGACGGUCGAGGAUGCUGGCGGUGUUUGAUCGGACGGUGGCGAAGUGCCCCGAGGGGCUGGAGAACAUGGAAUCCGGGCCGGGGGAGAAGGGCGUCGGCGGAGUGGCCUCGCUGGUGGAGCACUUCUCGGCCACUCGCGAGGGGGCGGUGACCAUGAGACUCGGCUCUUCUGGCGCCAUGGCGUACACUACUGAGAAGCAGAACCCCCUUCUCCCCAGAUUAUUUGCUGCCGUGGAUGAUAUAUAUUGCUUGUUUCAAGGACACAUUGGGAAUAUUGCUCAUUUGAAACAACAGUAUGGAUUGAACAAGACUGCUAAUGAAGUUAUUAUUGUAAUUGAAGCUUACAGAUCUUUAAGGGACAGAGGACCUUAUCCUGCAGACCAAGUUGUGAGAGAUCUUAGUGGAAAAUUUGCAUUCAUUCUGUUUGAUUGCUCAGCAAAAUCCACCUUUAUUGCUGCUGAUGCUGAUGGUAGCGUUCCCUUUUACUGGGGAACUGAUUCAGGAGGCCAUCUUGUUCUUUCUGAUGAUGUGGAUGUCAUUAAAAAAGGCUGUGGGAAAUCAUUUGCAUCAUUCCCGAAAGGUUGCUUCUUCACAACCUCUGGGGGACUGCGGAGUUUUGAACAUCCCCUGAAUGAGGUGAAGCUCAUGCCCAGGGUUGACAGCAAAGGCGAGGUUUGCGGUGCUACAUAUGAGAUUGAUGCCCAAACUAAGAAGGAAUCAAGCAUGCCGAGGGUUGGCAGUGCUGCAAACUGGUCUUCUCACUACUAAUCUAUGAAGUACCAUUCAACUGGGCUUUUUAUGCUUUUGCGUUUCGUAAUAAUAAUGAUCUAUGCUUUGAUUUUCUGGAUCUUUAACAAAAUGUUUAAUGCAUAGAUGAGGACCUUAUUGCAAUAAAUUUUGGGCUUUACAUGAGUCCACUCUAUCCUUUGGAUCACUUAUCAUUCUCCCAUAUUCAUGUUGGAAAUGAAAAUGUUUAUUGAAGACUCUUACAACCA